GCAGAUGUGCUCUGCUCUUCAGCUGCCCCAGUUUAUAGAAAUUCAGCGAGGCGUGCGGAGGUGGAUGCACAUCUCGCAACUGUUUGAGAGUGCGGACGAGAUUCUUCGACUGAAAACCAUCUCUUUUUGGAUUGUACAUCUGACUUGCCAUCAUGAAUCCCUGCCAUGUGUGCGAUGAGCCGACGAAGAACAAGUGCUCCAACUGUAACCAGGUCUCGUACUGCAGUGUCCAGCACCAGAAGCAGGACUGGAAAACGCACAAGCCCAGCUGUCAUCCAUUCAAGAUCGCCCACAAUGAGCAACUGGGCCGGCAUCUGGUGGCCACUCGCACCAUCAAACCGUACGAGAUAGUCCUCAAGGAGGCGCCUCUGGUCCGGGGACCAGCACAGAUCUCCGCACCCGUUUGCCUGGGCUGUUUGAACGGCAUCGAGGCGGAGGAUCACAUCGAGUGCGAACAGUGCGGCUGGCCUCUGUGCGGACCGGAGUGCAAGUCCCUGGAUGAGCACAAGGCGGAGUGCAGCCUCACCAAGGAUCGGGGUCAGAAGGUUAAUGUGCAGGAGUUCGGUGGACCACAUCCCCUCUACACGUGUUUGAGCACCGUACGGUGCCUACUGAUUGGCGAAACUAGUCCGGAGAAGGCCAGCAAGUUCCAGGAGCUGGAGUCACUGGAGUCCACCAGAAGGGGGUCCAACCAAUGGAAGGCGGAUCUGGUCAGCAUUGGACAGUUUAUUCCAAAGUUCUUUAAAACGCAGAAGUUCAGCGAGGAGGAGAUUAUGAAAGCAGUUGGAGCUCUGCAAAUAAAUGGGCACGAGGUGCCCACCACUGAUCCUUCGCAUGUAGCAGUCUUUUAUACUGCCUCCUUCACGGAGAACUCCUGCCUGCCCAAUCUGGCCAAGAGCUUCAACAAGAACGGACACUGCAUCCUCUGGGCACCGCGUGAGAUCAAGAAGAACGCCCACCUAAGCAUUUGCUACUCGGACGCCGUGUGGGGAACCGCCGAUCGCCAGCGCCAUCUCAUGCAAACCAAGCUGUUUAGGUGCGCCUGCGAAAGAUGUGUGGAUGUCACCGAACUGGACACCUACUACAGCGCCAUCAAGUGCGAGGAUCGCCAGUGCGGCGGACUGAUGCUGCCCACCAAGACGGACGACUGGAACGGAAGCUGGCGCUGUCGCGAGUGCCACAAGCAAGUGCAGAAACACUACGUGGAGCGGAUUUUGGAACGGGCGGGCAAAGACAUACAGAGCAUGGAGAAAAACGUUGAAAAUGGAUUGAAAUAUCUCAAGCACUACGAAAAGUGGCUGCCCCCGCAACAUUUUCACAUAAGUGAGAUUAAAAUCCUUCUCGUUCAGCUGCUGGCCAAGGAUCAGAAGGAGCUAAUGGUGAUCCCAGACGAUAAGCUGCUGCUAAAGCUGAAUUACGCCAGGGAACUGGUUGAGUUGUACGAGAAAUUGACGCCGUGCGAAGUUCGCACGCUCGGCACGCUUUGCUUCGAGUUGCACUCGGCAAUUGCCGAGCAGACUCGUCGUGUUGCCCUUGAAACUAGCCUGUCGCCCAAGGAUCGACUGGAGGAGUCCUUGUACUAUGUGGAGAAGUGCGUCAACUACCUGCAAUACGAGUCGGACAUCUUCAUUGAGGGUCACAUGCUCAAGCAGGCGAAGAUCAAUCGCGAUGCCCUUCGCAUGGUCAUUAGGAUCUAAUAGGCAACUAGAAAAAACACUAAUGAAAUCAGAGAACCUGCCUGUAUAGAAAGUGCCAAUAAACUGUCAUAACUAGA